AUGGUCUGCUCAGACACCACAUGUGGCCCUGACACGGAGUAUGAGGACUCGGGAUCGGAUUUCUGUGACGAGGACUAUCUGGGAAAGGCCGGCCCUCACUUGGGGAGCGGAGCGGCAGGAGAGCGCCUGAACCUGAGUGAGAUCUUCUCCAACGACGAGCUGAAGCAGGCCCAGCUGGGAGGCUCGCAUCAGCUGCAGCUGAAGUCCAGCGAGCCGGUCCAUGCAAGUCUGGACAGCCCUCGGUGGACAGACAGGAGCCCUGCAGGGUCACGUCGCCGGCUGAGAAAGACCCACUCUGCUGUUGAGCUCAGGAGGGGCUCUGGACACUCAGACUCCUCCGACGAGAAUGAAGGCGUCAGCAACGAUGUGGAGAAAGGCCUGCUUUCUUCUCCCAAAGAGUACAUCAAGAAUAUGUGGAAGGACUUCAAGGUGUCCCCUCGCCACCUGUCCUCCUCGUCUCUGCACAGCCUGCCUGCUGAGCAGAGGGCACUGAAAGGAAAAGGAAAGAAGAGGCAGGAGUUUAGAGACGGGCUGCAGGAGAACAUCAAACACAAAGUGACGGUCCCAAAGCCGUUCCACAUGACGCUGCGGGAGGCCGAGCAUCAGAAAGGCGCCCUGAAGACACGCUCUGAGGUGGAAGUGGAGAACGCACGGCUGAAGAGGCAGCUGGAAGAACUGACGGAGUGUCAGAGGAAGUUCCGUGCAAGCCCCGUACCUGCGCACGUUCACCUCCCACUGUACGAAGAGCUGCAGGAGCGGACUGAGGGGCGACGGAGAACCACGAGGGAGCACGAUCAUCUGCAGCUCCGAGCCAGUCAGAAGCCCUUCAGCUUUUUGGAGAGAGAGCGGCUGAAGAAGGAGCAGAAGCAGCAACGACAGCAGCCACCGGACCAGGAGACAGUGAAACCCUUUAAGGCUAAGCCUGUGCCAAAGUCCGUGUACGCAGCCGCGUCAGGGGAGCAGAUGAAGGAGGAGCAGCUGUAUCGGUCCAUCAAGAUACAGAUGAGAGCUGAGGAGAUGCUCCACAGUGCUUCCAUGCCUCCCAGCAUGCUCACACGGCGACUCAGUGAACGGAGGAAAACCAAACAAGAGGCCGAAGGAGACGACAGCUUCUCCCACAGACCCCAGAUCAACAAAGAGGUUCCUGACUUUAAUGCCAGCUACAAACGCUUCCAGAAACAGCUGCAGAAACGGAAGGAAGUGAAGCCUACAACUGCAUGUGAGCCCUUCGAACUGAGGACGUCACAAAUCUCAUCUCACCGAGAACGCAUCCUGGCCGACAUGGAGAAGGACCGCAGCAGCCCCCGGAUGCUGCGCUGGCCGCUCGUCAGCCCGGGGCCUGCACGGACGCCCAACUCAAGCCUCUGUUCGUCGCUGUCAGGGAGCACGGAAAUCCUUCCUGCCAAGGUCACCGAUGCCACUAAGAAGCGCCACGAGGCUGUGAGAAAGGUGCUGGAGCAGAGGAAGAAGGCUGAGGAGGAGGAGGAGAGGUGGAAGGAGAAGCAGAGGCAGAGGGAGAAGAUGCUGCAGACGGUUGUUGUGAGGCGUGCCCAGGCCAACGACCCCCACCUGGCUCUGUCUCAGACUCAGAGCAGCAAACUCAAAGAUUUCAGGAAGCAGGACCUUGAGCGCAGGAAGGAGUACGAGCAGGAGGUCCGAGAGAUGCGAGCCAGAGUGAAGGGAAGGCCCCUGCUGUUGGAGCAGGUCGCUCAGAGAAAUGCCAAACAGGCAGCAGAGAAGCGCUACGUGGAAGCCCUGCACGAAUGUGACGUGACUGAGGGUUUCAUCAGCAGGACCGCAGUGGCAUCAGGAUGUACCUGCAGCACGCCCCCCUCCAGCUCCAAACACCACAGCAACGUGGAGGAGGCUGAAUACGAACCAGUUCUCUACAGAAAGGUCUUUGUGGACGGUGAAGACUUUAAUGACUCUGCCGAGAGGACAGGAAGCAGAGAGGAGGAGGGGGCUGGGGACGAGGCCUCGUUGAACCAGGAGGAAGAAGAGGCUGCCGGUGGUCAUCACACAGAAGACGGUUACCAUGAGGGUGAUGCCCACUGUUCUGAUGAAAGUUACUCAGACGAUCAUGAGAGUUACUCUGAGGACAGCGAGCAUGAAGCCGUCAGUGCACAGGAAGCAGGAGAGUGA